CCCAUCGCCCCCGACACGCCCGGCGGAGACCCCCCUCCAAUGCCCACAAACGCCACGUUCGCGACGCCGGCCUAUCCUAUCGCACCCGCAUUAAUACCUAACCAGCACUACCUCACAGCCCUAGUCGCCACGCCCUCAGAGCAGCCAACCUAGGCCGUUCGUCCGUACAUGCACAUGUCCGCCCAGGGAGCGCCAGCUGCGUCAGAUACCCGUCCCUCGCUCGCUCCAGCUCUCAUACACGCUCCGUCUGUCUCCCGUACCUGCUCUCCCGCUCACGCACUUUCAUCCUCAUGCUCUAGACUAUCUCGCUUCCAGCCCUAUCAUACAGCGUCCUCAUUGUAUCUUACAGCCUCCUACUCCUCUUCUCGUCCUUUCGCCCUCCCGCCCCCCGCGGCCGUCCUCAGCACCUCCUCUCCUUCGCCCACGGCCCGCCUCCUAGAACAAGGUGACCGCUCCGUAUCUGCCACGCGCGCGCCAGGCGUACAUGAACGUGUAGAAGCCGACUGCGCUGCGCUUCCCUCACGCGAGUCUCGAGCGGCCAGCCCUGUCCGACGUGUUCCUCCAGGCCGGAGCAGGCUUAUGCCCUCGCUGCUCGCACUCACGGUCGGCCUCUCUUGUUCACAACUCCCCAUGUCCGCUGCCGCCUCCCUUGGUGUCUCUCCGCUCCCCAUUGAUGCACACACAAGCAUCCCUCGGCUGCCAGACGCCGCGCUGCUCGUUCCGCGUCAAGUAGCGGCUAGCGCGUCGGGUGCUGGAAAUGAUGCAGACACUAGCACGACAGCCGGCGCAGCACAAGCCUCACAGGCGAGCACCCAAGCAAACGCGGCGACCACAGCCAGCGCCGGUACUUCGCAGGCAACCUCUGCUGCUACCCAGCAGACGUCUACGCCAGAUGCGAGCCCAACCACCAGCGCAAGUCCGCUUCCGUCGACCAGUGAUGCGGCGAGCCCGACAAGCACUCAGGCUGAGAGCCCAUCGAGCACGCCAACGUCAAGUACACAGCCACCUCCGUCCUCUACGGAGCAGCCGACCACCUCCGACGCGGACGCGACGACAAGUGCAAUACCGACGACGAGCACGCCGGACCCACAACGAGCGCAGCGCCCACGACGAGUGCAGAGCCGACGACCAGCACACCAGAUCUCACAACGUCCUCCGCUGACGUGACCACAAGUGCGGACCCGACCACCUCUGCACCGACAACAUCUAGUGCGACUCCUACGUCCAGUGCCGAUCCCACUACCAGUGCAGCCCCCACUACGUCCAGUGCUGAUCCCACCACCAGUGUAGCUCCCACCAC